AUGGCAAAGCAAGACGAACCACCCCUCUACCUAGACCCCAUCUCCGAAUGGCGCGCCUGGCAAGCCCUCUCCGUCUACUUCGCCGUACUCCUCAACCGCCAGAUCCGGCGGCGUUGGCUCCUCGAGCACCAAUGCAUGCACGACCGGCCAGUGUCACAGCGAUUCCGGCCGGUGAUGUUCCUGGAGCCAGUACCGACACUAGUCAAGCCGAGAGUGGCCAGCACCAGCAAUGCCAACAUCAACACUGAUACCAACAACAACAACAACAACAACAACAACAACAACAUGAAUAUGAAUAUGAACAUGAACAUGAACAUGAACACGAAUGCAAAGAACAACCCCUGCAACCCCGAAGCCCUCACAAUCCUCAAACAAAAAGUCCGCCUCCUCCGCGCCCGCACCGAAAAGGGCAAAGAACUCGCCUCCGAAAUCGAGCGCCGCAUGCAAGACCCGCGCAUCCUGUACCCAACACACUUCUGCCACACGUGUGUGCAGGACGACUCUGUCGUCGAGGUGCUGCUAACUAAGUGCGGGCACCGCGUGUGCCAGACGUGUCUGUCCUUUGCUGCAACGGAUCCUGUUUCGGGCCUGUCCGAGUGUGGUAUCUGUUUUAUGCCCGUGCGGUUUGUGGCGCGGUCGCCGUUGGCGACGUUGCGGUCUUGUUCGGAGCAGAUUUCGAGUGUUUCUUCUGGUCUUUCUUCGAGGGUUUCUUCUAAUCUCUCUGUGAAUCUCUCUUCGGGUUCUUCGGUUUCGAAGCGAGUUUUGGAUCCCGUCGGGAGGAAGGCUGCGGCUACUGUUCGCUGGGUGCCGCUUGUUUAG